AUGUCAUGGAAGCUGAAUCCUCAUCAUUCAUCUCAUCUCAGGUCUCCAUGUAAAAAGGACAAUGUGGUCAGUGUUGUAGCGAUCACCGUAUCAUGGUUUUCGCCAUAUGCGGAUGGACUCCGAUGGUUCGCAGGUGGUUUGUCUGGUUUCACUGGUCGUCGCUGUGAGACCAACGUUGACGACUGUCUGAUGAGACCUUGUGCCAAUGGCGCCACCUGCCUGGAUGCCGUGAACCGUUUCUCCUGCGUCUGCCCGGCCGGAUUCACCGGACGCUUCUGCACCGUCAACGUAGAUGACUGCGCUAGCCGGCCGUGCCUGAACACCGGUCGCUGCCUCGACCUCGCCAGAGGCUUCCGUUGUGUCUGUACUGCUGGCUUCACUGGUGCCACCUGCCAGACACCGCCGAGGGCCGGAGACGCCCGGGGGUCCAGCUGGAUGGGAGGCGGGGCGAACAGCAGUCGUCAUGGGGACGGCUUGGUGAAAGUGACGGUGAGUGAGCGUCGUGGCGCCGGACUCUCGCGGCUGCAGCUCACUGUCAUCGUGGCAAUGGUGGCGGCGACGCUGGGCGUGGCUGCGCUGACCGCAGUCCUGGUGCUGCAGGGUCGCUGCAGGGUCUGUGGCCACGCCCCCUCAGCGGCGUCAUCGACACGGGGACGGAAGACGCCGCAAAGAGGCCGGUGUCAGAUCAGCUUCAUGAACUCGGAGGUCAUUUAGCUCCGCCUUUUCUGCUGCGUCAUUUAGCAUCAGACCUGUGACAUCAUCACAAUUCAAACUGAUUCCUUACAUUACCCAGAAUGCCCUUCAUUCUGGGGGGCGCUAGUGUCGCUAGUUAUUUGUACAAAGAUGUGAUUUUAUUUUCUCAUAUUAACGUUGUCUCAUCUGAAGAUUUAAUUUAAACGUCUCAUUUUAAUCUUUUCAUGUUAACUGACAGUGAGAGACUCGGAGGGAGGGGCAUGAUAUAUGAGACCACGCCCCCAGUGCAGGAUGAGUCAUCGAUAUUUAAAGGAGUCAGUAAAGUGGUUUAUGUACAUAGAGAAUUAUUUAUUUUGACAAACAUCUGAUCACUCUGUUCAUUAAAGCUGAACGUCAUCAAACUGUG